GGCUAGACCCAGCUUGCGCAACAGCAGCUGUACCCCCUGUCUCCUGCAGUUGCACCGUCACUGCGUAGCAGUCCUGGACACGCCCUGCAGCAUCCCGCAAUGCAAUUUCAAGGCUCUGACAUAAACUCCUCCACGGGAUUAAAAUAAUAAUAAAUGAACAAUUAAUAAGCUGCAGGACGAACAAAACAUCCAAGUCUUGUGACACCAACUGAGCUUCAUUACCAGCAGAAUGGCUAACAAUGAUAAAGGUCCAGCACCAAGUCUCUCUGCACGCCAGCUCCAGUCCCACCUCAAGAUGGAGCCAAAGACUUUGGGGGCAAUCCAAAUAGUUAUUGGAGCUUUGAUCCUAUGUCUUAGUGCCUCUGUACUUCAGCUCCAUGAAGUACACUUCACUGGGGAUGUAGCCCUGUUCCUCAUUGUUGUCAUACAGGUGACAUUGUCUGGCUCAGUAUUGGUCCAUAGUGGCAGAAAACCAACAAUGUUUUGGGUGAAAUGUGUCCUGGUGCUACAUCUGGUCAGUGUUGCAUUUGCUACUGCUGCCCUGGGUCUCAUGUCCAAACAUCUCCCCUAUCGCCAGGAUUCUUACCACUGUGAACACUGCGAAAGACUAGAGCAACAUGCUGUGCAACAUUGUUUCAGAAAAUGCACCGGGCUGGUCGAGCAAAAGUGUAAACUAUUUCUUGAUGGGAUUUUGGGAACUCUGGUGAUCUUCCUAGUGCUUGAGCUGCUGAUCUGCAUCACCGUCAUGUUGUUUGGACUAAGUGUUCUAGCUGCAGGAGGAAGCCAGGAUUCAAGUCACAGACCAGCCUAUCCACAGACACGCCCCCCACCUGCUCCUGCAGUUCAGACUACUCAAGUUCCUCAAUCUGCAGUUCAGCCCCCUCAGGAUGCUCAGACAGCAGAGCAAGGGGCAGAGCAGAACGAUGGAGAGGUGGCUGGAGCUUCAGGGCUCCAGGUGGCAGUAGUUGUGAUAGAACCUGACUCAGAGCAAAUAGAAGACAUUUCUACACCACCAACUGAACCUCAGGUGGAACCUAUUGAAGACAUUGCCACGGAAUCCUGAACUGAGCUUUCACUGCUAAGAAUAGAAAAUCUGAUCGUCAGUAAUGAAAAUUUUGUUUUAGGUUAAAGAAAAUAGCCCCAGCAAUUUUUUAACCCUUUCCAAUCCAUUGCCCUAUGCUGAAUUACAAUACAAGUUUAUGGGGAAAUUUGGACUGAAGUUAAUUCAGUUAAAGUCAAUUAAGUUAAUUUUAUUAAAGGCAAUUAAACUUGGGAAGCAGACAUGCAGUAACUGUAGAUUGAACUUAAAGCUGAGACUGUGAGAUAGGUAAAUCUUAAGAAGUUCAGGAAGCGGGAUGUACUAUACUCUGUGCAUAGAUGUGUCCACACUAUAAUUCCAUCUUCACAAUUUGUGUUGUCUGCUAAAAUCCGUUUUUAAAUAGCACUUUCCUUGUCCGGUUGUUCAUUCAACUUGCUUUUCACGAACAGUACUGUUCAUCUGUACAGUUUUAACAGAUAUUGACAUACACCUACUCAUCAGCAAACUUAAUCAUACCACACACCUAAUUAGCACACAGCAUCUAUGAUCCCUAAUCUGUAAGUCUUAGCUGCACUUUAAUUAUUAGUUAGAAAUGUGAGAAAUUAUGCAAAGAAAUGCCUAAUAAAUGCUUAUUUAUUUUCUAUUUCAAAGUUUUAACCACUAAGUAAUCACGGGUUCCUCGAAAUGUAAGGGGCCAUUACUUCACUUGUAAUUAUAGAAUAGAAUUUAAUUUAAUUCUGCUUAUAAUUCAACACACCUCGCUAAGCAUAUGUAUACUACGCACUGCUGUCACGUUUAGUCUAUCUUCAUAUGAGUGUAUAAACAUUGCAAUCACAGUGAAAAUAAAGUUAAUGAUUUGAAAACUCAAACAGUAUUCAUGAUUGA